AUGUCCAAGGCAAUCUAUAUCGCUCCCAUUGAUGGGAAGCCAGGAAAGCCAGGUCAGGUCUACUACCCGCUCUCCUUGCGCACCCUACCCCAGCCUUCUCCGCAAGGGCGCGAGCUGCUCGUGAAGCUGACCGCCGCUUCCCUGAACCACCGAGAUCUCUUCCUCCGCCAGCAUCUCUACCCUGGCGUGACCUUUGAUGUGCCCUUGCUAGCCGAUGGCGUCGGUGUGGUCGUCGGAGCUGGUCCAGAUGUCUCGAACGCAGACCAAUGGCAGGGCAAACGAGUCAUCUUGAGCCCUGGAGUGGGCUGGAAGGACUCCCCCGAUGGACCGGAAGAUGCGGCGGGCUACCGGAUCAUGGGAGGGACCAAGGUGUACGACAAGGGAACCUUGCAAGAAUAUAUCACCAUCGAGGACUCCGAGGUCGAACCAGCUCCCGAGCAUCUCUCGGACGCAGAGGCGGCUGCCCUGCCCCUAACGGGAUUGACGGCAUGGAGAGCUCUGGUGACCAAAGCUGGCGAGAGGAACUCUAGCAAUGGUGCCGCGGUCUUGAUCACUGGUAUUGGUGGAGGUGUCGCAUUGAUGGCACUGAGGUUUGCAGUGGCUCGAGGCGCGCAUGUCUUUGUGACAAGCUCCAGCCAGGAGAAGAUCCAGAAAGCCAUCGAGCUGGGCGCAGCUGGGGGUGUCAGCUACAAAGAAGAAGGUUGGGACAAGAAGUUGCUGGGGAUGCUUCCAUCCGGAAAAACGAACUUUGAUGCCAUCAUUGACGGCGCCGGUGGAGAUUCCAUCGAGAAAGCUGCCAAGCUUCUCAAGGCUGGUGGCGUUCUCUCUGUUUAUGGAAUGACUGUUUCUCCCAAGAUGCCAUUCCUGAUGCAGGCUGUUCUCAAAAACAUCGAUGUUCGUGGCUCCACGAUGGGCUCUCGAAAAGAAUUCAAGGAGAUGGUUGAGUUUGUCAACACUGGAAAGAUUCAGCCGGUAGUUUCCCGGGUACUACAGGCUGAACUGGACGAUCUGGCGGCCAUUGAUGGGCUGUUCGAGGAUAUGAGGCAAGGCAAGCAGUUUGGAAAACUAGUCAUUGACUUUGGCAAAUCCUCGGGCAGUAAGCUGUGA